ACAAAUUACUCGUUCGCCGCAACCAUUGGAGAUGUAGUGAACUCGAUCAUCCCUCGGAGCUAGAUACUUUCUAGGGAAAGCGAGAUGUAAGCUUGCAAAUACACGAGACGACGGCGAUCGACGUAAUCUCCGUUCACCUACGAUAUCUGCAAAUUGCUGCUGCUCUCUAUCUCUGACUGAAACGCCAUAAAACAAGCUAUGACACCGCUUCCUCCGAAGCUUUACACAGACGAUGUUAGUCUUCUGAUGGUGUUGCUGGACACGAACCCUUUCUUCUGGAGCACGCCAAACGCCGAUUUCCUCUCCUUCUCCAAAUUUAUCUCACAUGUCUUGGCAUUUCUAAACUCCACUGUCCUCCUUAACCAACUCAAUCAAGUUGUCGUGAUCGCCACCGGCUUCAACACUUGCGGCUAUGUCUAUGAUUCGUCCACGGCUGCCCCGAAUCAGAGGGCGGAAAGUUUGUUACCGAAAUUGGAGGAGUUUGUAGCAAAAGAUGAGCAACUGAGCAAGGAGGGCGCUGCUGCUGGGAUUGGGUCUUCCUUGUUAUCUGGGUCUUUGUCUAUGGCACUUUGUUAUAUACAGCGGGUGUUUCGCUCAGGGCCACUUCAUCCGCAGCCUCGAAUUUUGUGUUUGCAUGGAUCGCCUGAUGGACCUGGACAAUAUGUUGCCAUCAUGAAUGCAAUAUUUUCAGCCCAACGUUCCAUGGUACCCAUAGAUUCUUGUGUUGUAGGGGCACAGCAUUCUGCUUUCCUUCAGCAGGCUUCUUACAUAACUGGCGGUGUGUAUCUGAAACCCCAACAACUAGAUGGGCUUUUUCAGUAUCUUUCGACAGUAUUUGCCACUGAUUUGCAUUCUCGGAGGUUUUUACAGCUACCAAAGCCUGUAGGGGUGGAUUUCCGUGCCUCGUGCUUUUGUCACAAAAACACAAUUGAUAUGGGCUACAUAUGUUCUGUUUGUUUAUCAAUAUUUUGUAAGCAUCACAAGAAAUGUUCAACAUGCGGGUCAGUUUUUGGUCAGGCUCAAGCAAAUGCUCCUUCAGUGUCGAAUUUGAAGAGAAAGUUUCCAGAGAGAUAAGAUAUACAGUGGGUGCUUUUAUAGUUGAUUAAUGAAUUAAGCCUAGAUGUGGUUCCAGCUUGGCAAUCUCAAUGUGAUCGACCAAUCAUGGUUAUCUCAAGGGUGCUGUUUUGCAAAUCUGGCAGCUCUUCGGAUACCAGUGUUGUGAUAUGUAUUCCAUUUUUCUGCUGAAAGGGAGCAUAAAUUUUGUGGCCAUGAUGAAGCUUGGUUGCCCGGUACUUUAAUCUAAGUAGACAUCUGUUAUACUGAUCAACUAGAAUCCUAUCCGUUUCUUCUGGGGCUACGCAUUUACUAAUCCUCCAUCGAAGGCUAUUUGAUGAGGAGGAAUUAUCAUUGUUAAACUUUAAUGUUUAAUGUUAAGAUUUAGGUUUUAUUUGAA